CAACUUUCUAGACUUCCUCUUUGGAAAACAAUAUUGCAAGGCUGAGAGUUACUAAAGAUGGUAGUUUAGGCUCCUAUUACUGUGUAGCUUGUGAUGUUAUUCUCCAGAAAAAUUAGAAAUAGGGAGAUUUGGAGGGACAGAGUUUCACCGCGCUAACUCCCAGGGGUGGGUCCCAGAUUUAGGCGUGGUCAGUUAGCAUUGGCUACCAGACAGAGCCUGUGGGUAACAGAAAUGCUGUCUCAGCCUGGCUUCCUGGCACAGGUGCUCUCCACAGUCUCUAAACCCCAUCCCAGCAACCCAAAAUGGCUUUCAGCAAAGACAUGAAUCAACUGUGCUGUAGGCUGUGAACUCUCCUCUCAAUUUGUAACAGCUUUGCCACACAGUUCUUACACUGUCCUAUUACUAUAACUUCUUUUGCAUACACGCUGUUUUUCAAGGAUUUCUGUCCUCUGACUUACCAGGUUGCCCCUUUCAUUAGCUCCAAUUUAAAUUAAGGGUUUAAUAUUUAUCUGUACUUUAAGUGCUUAGUAGCUGACAAAGCUUAAAAGCAACAGCAAUAAAUAGAAUGGCAGAUACUAGAUUGAAAAAGACCUUUGAAAUCAUCAAGUCCAACCUAUUACCUAACAGCACCUCAGCAACUAAACCAUGGCACUGAGUGCCAUAUCCAAUCUCUUUUUAAACAUCUCCAGGGACAGUGAUUCCACCACCUCCUUGGGCAGGUGAUUCCAGUGCCCAAUCACUCUUUCAGUGAAGAAUUUCUUUCCUGAUGUGUAAUCUAAACUUCCCCUGCACAGCUUAAGAUAACAGCAGAAAAGGCAGUUUCUUCACAAUAAACUCUUGGUACUGCUGCUAACUUGUGCAGUCUAAACACAAGUUGAGGUAUCCAAGCAUUGAGAAAGCUGCAGUUUAAUCCAGUUGUAUGCAGUGGAACACCUGGUUGAAAAAGGGAAAGAAAAUGCAGUGUUGUUACUGUUUUCUACUGCUCCCUCACCUGAGCCCUGCUCCCAGAGUCAGAAUGAUAACGAUGGCAGUGCCACCCAUAAAUAUUGAAACUGCGUCAUCUGAGGGAAGAAAAUGAAGACAUCUUCCAAAAAUGGAAGUUAUAUUGGUUCUCCUGCUGAGGAAGUCAAAGAAAAAAUUCAGAUUUUCAUCAAUAAUGAGUGGCAGAAUUCUGAAAGUGGAAGAAUAUUCCCAGUAUAUAAUCCAGCAACAGGAGAACAAAUCUGUGACAUUCAGGAAGCUGACAAAGUUGAUACAGACAAGGCAGUGAGGGCAGCUCGGCUGGCUUUUUCCCUGGGGUCUGUUUGGAGGAGAAUGGAUGCCUCGGAAAGAGGCCAUCUUUUGGAUAAAUUAGCAGACUUGGUCGAAAGGGACAGGGCAAUUCUUGCUACCAUGGAAUCACUGAACAGUGGCAAACCAUUCUUGCAAGCUUUCUAUGUAGAUCUCCAGGGAGUCAUAAAAACCCUGAGGUAUUAUGCCGGUUGGGCAGACAAAAUCCAUGGAAUGACCAUUCCUGUAGAUGGAGAUUAUUUUACGUUUACAAGACAUGAACCCAUCGGAGUGUGUGGACAGAUCAUCCCUUGGAACUUCCCCCUGCUGAUGUUUGCAUGGAAGAUUGCUCCUGCUCUGUGCUGUGGCAAUACAGUAGUUAUUAAACCAGCAGAACAAACACCACUCAGUGCUCUCUACAUGGGUGCCCUCAUCAAGGAGGCUGGCUUUCCACCAGGAGUUGUCAAUAUUUUGCCAGGAUUUGGUCCAAUUGUUGGUGCAGCCAUAGCCUCUCAUGUUGGCAUUGAUAAAAUUGCUUUUACUGGAUCCACUGAGGUUGGGAAGCUGAUCCAAGAAGCAGCUGGAAGGAGUAAUUUGAAGAGAGUUACACUGGAGCUGGGUGGGAAAAGCCCAAACAUUAUUUUCGCAGAUGCUGAUUUGGACUAUGCUGUGGAACAAGCUCACCAAGGAGUCUUCUUCAAUCAAGGUCAGUGCUGCACUGCAGGCUCACGGAUUUACGUGGAAGAAUCAAUCUAUGAAGAGUUUGUCAGAAGGAGUGUAGAACGUGCAAAGAGGAGAGUUGUGGGGAGUCCUUUUGACCCAACUACAGAACAAGGUCCACAGAUUGAUAAAAAACAAUACAACAAGAUCUUGGAACUGAUUCAAAGUGGCAUCACUGAAGGAGCAAAACUUGAAUGUGGGGGAAAGGGGCUGGGAAGAAAGGGAUUCUUCAUUGAACCUACGGUGUUUUCCAAUGUAACAGAUGACAUGCGGAUUGCCAAGGAGGAGAUUUUUGGGCCUGUUCAAGAAAUACUGAGAUUUAAAACCAUGGAUGAAGUUAUAGAGAGAGCCAACAAUUCUGAUUUUGGGCUGGUAGCUGCUGUCUUUACAAAUGACAUAAACAAGGCCCUGACAGUCUCCUCAGCAAUGCAGGCUGGGACGGUCUGGAUAAAUUGCUACAAUGCCUUAAAUGCCCAAAGUCCUUUUGGAGGAUUCAAAAUGUCUGGCAAUGGGAGAGAGAUGGGUGAAUGUGGAUUGAGAGAAUAUUCUGAAGUUAAAACUGUGACAAUAAAGAUCCCUCAGAAGAACUCCUAAAACGACAAAGGACCGUGUUGUGCAGAAGAGCACAUGAUGCCACCUUCUCUAUUCCUUAUGGAGACCAGCACUCAGGAAUAAAAAGUGUUACACAAUAUUUAAGAAAUUAAGUUGCAACAUAUAUACUGGGCACAUAACUGCAUACGUAAUGCAAACCAACUCUGCAUGUUUUCAUGAAACUCUCCUGAGAAUCGUUACAUCUUUUUAAAACAAAUUAUAAUGAGAUAAAAUUGCUACUGGGCAUCAUUUAAUAACGGUUCCAGCUAUAAAACUGUUAAAUGCAAAUGCAUGCACACACACAUUUAUCUCUUCCUUAAAUAAACAAAGUAAGUCUUACUGCUUUCAGGCUGCCUUCUCAAACAGACCUGCCUUGUACUGACAUUGUAGUUUCAAUCAGGGCUCUACAAGCCAGAUUUCACCCAAAACACUAGCAGUGAACAACACAAACAAGUGUCAUUGAUGUUCUUAAAAAAUAAAAGAUUCUGAAUGGUAAUGGCCCCAAACCUGGCAUAGUGGCAACUUUCCAAUUAGCACGCCCACAGAAAGAGGUCAGACUGGGGAGGGAAUCAAUCUGCUGCAUGGCCAAUGAAAGCCAAAUACUUAUCAGCGAGAUUUGGCUUUCAGGGCUCACAACAAUUCGGAUUUCAAAGCUUAUUUUCAUAAUUACUUUAUGUCUUGCUAUAAGCAAAAAGUCCUCCUUCAUUUCCAGGAACUUGAAGGGAUUUACCUGCCUGCCAAAAGAGCAAGGCCAGACAGGGUGGGUGGGUGUUAACGAGAACAGGAACAGAUUCCAAGGCUUCACAGAAUACUUUAGCUUUCACUGCUUGUCUAGUUUUGUUGUUGUUGAUGUUGUUGUUACUGUUGUUGCUUUCACCUUGUUGUUUUUUUUUU